GAGAGAUGCUGAUAAGGCUCCAUCAUUACUCUGAAGUAUUGGGUUUGUGCAAACAUGGCGACAAGCUCUCAUCUUCUUCCUCAGGCAUUGCAUAUGAUACCUAGAAUCCCUAAUCGGUCGUCUAAGAGUUUAGGGGUUUCUUCAUUUCUACCACGAGCAUCGUCAGUGCACUCUCGUAUCUCAGUUUCUAAGGGUUUUCUAAAUCAUUCCGGCGCGAUCGAUUCCAGGAAGAGAAGGGAGUUCAUCGCCAAAGCCGAAGAGAGCACUGAAGCUGAUGCGGGGGUUGUUGCUGAAACGGUGGAAGCCGCUGAGGUGGAGGAAGCUAAACCUCCGUGGAAGCCAAGGACCAAGCUCGGAGAUGUCAUGGGUAUACUGAACCAGAAAGCAAUUGAGGUUUCGGAGAAAGUCAGACCGGUUCCAGAAAUUAGGACAGGGGACAUUGUCGAGAUCAAGCUGGAAGUGCCUGAGAACAGACGUAGGCUAUCGAUCUACAAAGGAAUAGUGAUGUCUAGACAGAACGCAGGCAUCCACACUACUAUUCGUAUCCGCAGAAUCAUUGCUGGCAUUGGCGUUGAAAUCGUCUUUCCUCUAUACUCACCAAACAUAAAGGAGAUAAAAGUGGUGAGUCACAGGAAAGUAAGAAGAGCGAGGCUUUACUAUCUGAGGGACAAACUUCCUCGUCUCUCCACGUUCAAAUGAACACCAAACCAAACCAACUCAACACAAGUCUUGUGCUGUCUUCAACCUCCAAUUGUAGCUAAAAUCUUCUCUCGUUCUCUUCUUGUAAUGACUGUUUGUUUGUCUUUUGGAAUUCGCAUGUAAUCUACAUUGGCAUUUGAGAUAAGUAAAAUCAAAAUGAUUUGUGAGCCUC